AUGGAAUACAUUAAAUUUUUGCAAGAUUCUUUUUCCCCUCAAAAUUCCUAGGAAUAUGAAAGUAGAAGAGUUAUCUCUGUUCCAUAUUCCUCGGAAGAGGAUAUUAGUAUUUCUUCUCCAUUGUAUACUCAAGAUUAAAUUGGUAAAAGGGUAAAUUUAGAAUAUGAAGAAGGGGAAUUAAAAAUUAUAGUUAUUGAAGAUGAAAACGUAGGCUCUAAGUCAAAAACAAGGAAUGCUUUUAUUUCCAAGAAAAUAUAUAAAACUCAAUAUUUGAAUAAAACAAAUUAAAAGCUAAGAAAAUAUUAGUCAAGAGAAAGAAAGGUUGUUUAAACGUAUCCAGGGGAAAGUAAAAACAUCCCAAAAAAUUUCACCAGAGCCUUAAAAGAUUUUAUACUCAAUCACUUUGAUUCUAGUGUAUAACAAAAUCCUUAAAUUAAGAAGUUUUUAGAUACUAAACCAGAAAAGGCUUGCAAAUAAACCUUAUAGAAUUCUUUGUAAAGUUGUUAAUAACUGAAAAAAAUUGCUUAGAUGUUCUUUGGAAACCUAAAAUGGGGAACUAUAUUUUUAAAAGGAAACAAGGUUGACCUAGAAACAUAUUUUAAAUUCAAUUAGAUUUGGUUUGAGUCUAUAAAUUGA